AUGGCUAAAAGCAAUUUUUCUCUCUUUCCCUUAUUUUCCUCUCAAUAUUUUCUCUCGUUUAUUUUCCGGCUUUCAUUUACUUUGAUUUUUUUUUACAACUUUUCGCUUCGUGCCUUUUACUUCCUUUUUAUUUUUUUUUGUGUUUUUUCUCUUCAUCCUUUAUUUUUUUUACCCUUUUUUUACAUUCCAUUUUACUUCAACUAUAUGUGUUCUCUCUUUUUUCUUUCCUUUUUUCGCUAUAAUGCUUUUUUUUUCUCCAUUCUAACUUUUCUUUGUUCCUUUUUUCUUCUCUUAUAUAUUUCUCCUUCUUCUUUUUUUUCCUUUUGUGCCUUUCUUCUUUCUAUUAUUUCUUUUCCGUUGUUGCUUUUACUCAUUCCUCCCUCUUUCUUUUUCUUCCGCUGUUUCUCCUUCGUUUUUCCCUGUAUUUCUCUCCAUUUAUUCUUCUCCUUUCAUGUCAUUCGUUUUUUCUCUCUUACUUUGGUUUUCUUCAUUCGUUUCUUUUACUUUUCUUUCCAGUCACAUUUUUUUUUCUUCUUCAUUUGUUGCGUUCUUAUCUAUUGCUUUCUCUUCCAUAUUUCUUUUACGAGUUCUCUCUUCAGUUUCUCUUUUUCUUUUCCUACGUUCCUUCUCUUUCUUUUCUCAAUUACCAUCGCUUUUUUUAAUUUAUUUUAUUUUUUAUUGUUUUUUAUUGUUGUUUUGCUUUUUUCCUUUCAUUCUUCAUACCUUUUGGUUUUCCAUCUUUUCAAUUCUCCUUUUUCUUCUCUUUCACUUCUAUUUUUCUCCUUCAAUUCUCCUUUUUCUUCUCUUUCACUUCUAUUUUUCUCCUUCAAUCUUCUUCUUCUUCUUCUCGGCUUUUCCUAUUACUUCGUUUCUUCUCAUUACCUUUUUGUAGUAUUAUUUCUCUUACACAUGCUCUUCCCCCCGUUCUUUCUUUCUUUCUCUUUUUCGUUUGUCUCUCAGUUUGUCUUACUUUCUUUCUUUUUCGCUGUACGUAUGUCUAGCUGCCUUUCUUUUUUCUUUCUUUCGCUGUGCGUAUGUUUAACUGGUUUUCUUUCGCUUUCUUUCUUUCUUUCUUUCUUUCUUUUUUUCUUUCUUUCAUACUAUCUACGUUCUUUCUCCUUUUUUUUUCACUGUCUACAUGUCUACCUAUCUUUCUUUCUUCUCUCAACUUCCUUUCACGCUUUGCUCAUAUUAACUCUUUUCUUCCUCAAUUCGUUUACUCAUUAUGAAAGGACUUCCUUAUUGUUUUCUUUCAGUUUCGAUUAG